GAGUGAAGGUAAUUUGUGAGCCACCAUACACUUUAUGUUGCUUUUGCUCUUCUGAUGAAAGCCGAACACUAUGGGGAUUAUUGAAUGACUGGAUUUUUUUAGGGGCAAGAUGUUGCUUUUGAACCUGCUAAACUUCUGUGGCUUAUCCAGCGUGAUUUUCUGCAAGGGAAAUCUGUGAAAGAGAUGGUGGAUGAAGCACUUCAACAUGUUCCUAACACUGAUGGGGACAAAAAUAUUGAUCAAGUAAACCAGAUACGGGACUCCUUAGCCAUAAUGGGUGAUAACAGCACAGCCUUUAGCUUACCACAACCUCAUCUCAUGCGGACGAAGCUUUGUGAUAUGAAGGAUGAUGAGCUUGAUCCCACAUAUGUAAAAAAAAGAGAGCAGUUAAAAAAGCUCGUUGCUAGUAUUAUACGCCCAAAGAUUGUGCAGGGCAAGCCUCUAAAUGGAAAGGAGUUUGUAUCUUUCCUGGAGCAGAUACUUGAAGCCUUGAAUAAAGGGGAAAUCCCAUCAACGGGCUCCCUUGUGGAGGUCUUCAAUAAAGGUAUUCUUGAGCGGUGUUUGAAGCUAUACAGUGAGAGGAUUGGAAAAAUAGGCUUACCCCUUUCAGAGGAGUCCUUGCAUGAUGCUCAUGAAAGAUUUCGUGAAGAAGCAAUGAAAGCUUUUGAUGAACAACAUUUUGGCCGUCAUCAUGCAAAGCAAUCUGUCAUGAAACUGGAUGAAGAUAUAAAAGAGGUGCAUAAGAAUGUGAUUAUGGCUAACGAGUAUCAAUCAGCAAAGCUCUGUGAAGCACUGUAUACAAUAUGUGAGGACAAAAUGGACCAGCUUCAAGUUCUGAGACUUCCUUCAAUGGCAAAAUUCAAUGCAGGUUUCCUGCAAUGCAACCAAAGUUUUGAGCAGGAAUGUGUUGGGCCUUCAAAAGAAAACUAUGAGCAACGCAUGAUGAAGAUGAUGGGAAAGUCACGCUCUCUAUUUAUCAAGGAAUACAAUCACAGGCUAUUCAACUGGUUGGUGGCGUUUUCCCUUGUCAUGGUGGUGGUUGGCCGGUUUAUUAUAAAGUUCAUUUUGAUUGAGUUGGCAGCGUGGGUGCUUUUUAUCUUCUUAGAGACAUACACCAGGAUGUUUUGGACAGCAGAGUCACUUUAUUACAACCCAGUUUGGCAUUUCAUCGUAGCUACUUGGGAAAGUCUUGUCUACAGUCCCAUCCUUGAUUUGGACAGAUGGGCAAUUCCCAUUGGUUGUCUGCUGUUGAUAUGGGUACUAUACUGGCGAUGUUGUGGGAGAAGGAAACACGGGUCACGGUGGCUUCUACCCUUAUACAACACUCACAAAAGUGGAUCAAACCGGCCAAGAUCAGAUUAAACGAAUGGUGAUUGUCUUAAACCCUCCUAUAUGCUUUUGCUCAACCUCCUAGACGAGCCAUCCCUUUUUUUCUAACACAUGAAGGCACACCUAUCAUUCUUUUUUUCUUUCAAAAUUGGCCAUCCCAAUCCCAACUUGUCAAGAGAAAGAAUCAUUUAUUUAUAGAAUACACCCUAACCACGCCUUUUAAUGAACCAUUUACGGAAAUCAUUUGUAUCAAUGUAGUAUGUUGAUUAUUUCAAGUGCCACUUUAAGUUACUAGGUGAUCGGUUUGGAUGCCUGUUUCUGGUGCCUACAACCGAAAACAUUUUUGACCCAUGUAACAUGGUACCAUUUCAGGGCUUGACUUGAAUCGAAUCGGUGUCCCCAGGUUCAUUGUUAUGUGGUUUUUUAAUCUUUGAUACAUCUUAUACGUGAUAAUGUUCAAACUGAUACCUUCAUCUUAAGGUUCAAGCUCUUAUUUAUUGAGAUAUGUCUAUUAAAGCAUGAAAAGUAGU